AUGAAUUUGGUAAUUAUUAUUUUAUUUGUAAUAACAACGACGAUAGCGGCUGAUCAUCGUCGACCGGUUAUUAUUGAUACCGAUGCAGAUGUUGACGACCUAUUUGCUAUUGCUUAUCUGUUAAAUGUUCCAACAAUUAAAAUAUUGGCUAUAACAACAGUUGGUAAUGCUUUUACAACUCCAUUUUAUACGGCACCAAUUGUUUUAACAUUAUUAAGUAAGCUCAAUUGUGAAUAUGGUGUACCAGUAGCCUACGGAGAAAGUACUCCAUCAUUGUUAAUACCUGGUUACACGGUGCCGAUAACGCUGAUUAAUAAUGUAAAUAAAUAUUUUCAAUGUCUUAACGCAACAAUUGAUCCUAGUGUACAACCGUCACCAUUUGAUGCUGUUGAAUUAAUAACAUAUAUUUUAAAAGACUCCAAUCAGCCAGUUGAUAUUCUUGUGCUUGGAUCAUUUACAAAUAUAGCUGAAGCGAUUAUUCGUGAUCGCACAAUUGUAUCAAAAAUUGGUACUCUUUACUUUUCAUCUGAUACUGACCUGCAACGUCGUCGUAUUAAGAAGUUUCUAUUACCACAAAUAUUUGAUGCAUCUGGUAUUCUAGUAGAUGAUGUUAGUCCCAAUGUAUGGAUUGAUAUACUUGCUGCACAACGUGUAUUUGCAGCUGGUAUACGACAUAUUGUUAUCAUGCCAAUAGCAACACAGCAGGCUUUACCAUAUAAUACAACGCAAGCACAAGCCAUCUUACAAGACAAAAAUAUACAUUUGAAACCAUUUGUUUAUAAAUUAGUCAUGAGUUUUGCUACAUGUUUGAAUGAACCGGAAUCAGGUUUACGUUGGUGGGAUAAUAGUGCUGCACAAUUGAUGGUACAAUUACAACAAAAUAAUACUAAACAUGGAUUUUGUACAAAAUUCCUUUCAAAUCAGCAUCUAGAAUUCAUUCUAUCUCCAUUUGCUGGUCAAAAUUUUGGCUCUGAAGUUAUCGAUAAUAAAAAUCACUUGACAAAUGUUCAAAUAUGUACAAAGGCAAAUGAUCAAAUAUUUUUAGAAACAUUUCUUACAACAAUUUCUGCGAAACAUUCUUGUCAAUAUUCAAAUAAGUAUAAAGAUCGGUAUGAUAUUGUGUUACAAAAAAAGCUAUUGAAAAAGUAA